CCUCUUUUGCAGGUUCUACAUUGAAAGCAUCUCUUACCUUAAGGAUAAUGCCACAAUCGAGCUGUUCUUCCUCAAUGCAAAGUCUUGCAUCUAUAAGGAGCUCAUAGAAGUGGACAGCGAGGUGGUGUUUGAACUAGCAUCCUACAUCUUACAGGAAGCUAAAGGAGACUUCACGAGUAAUGAUGUUACUAGGGCUGAUCUGAAGAAACUGCCAGCACUGCCUACACAAGCACUGAAGGAACACCCUUCUCUCGCAUACUGUGAGGACCGGGUCAUUGAGCACUAUAAGAAGCUAAGUGGACAGUCCAGAGGCCAGGCUAUCGUCAACUAUAUGAGUAUAGUGGAGUCCCUGCCCACAUAUGGAGUGCAUUAUUACGCUGUUAAGGAUAAGCAGGGUAUCCCAUGGUGGCUGGGCUUGAGUUAUAAAGGCAUUUUUCAAUAUGACUACCAGGACAAAGUCAAACCAAGAAAGGUGUUCCAAUGGAGACAGUUGGAGAAUCUGUACUUCAGGGAGAAGAAGUUCUCAGUGGAAGUCCAUGACCCGAGAAGGGCGUCGGUAACGCGGAGGACGUUUGGUCACAGUGGCAUCGCCGUGCACACCUGGUACGCCUGUCCCACCCUCAUCAAAUCCAUCUGGGCCAUGGCCAUCAGCCAACACCAGUUCUACCUGGACCGCAAACAGAGCAAGAGUAAAAUCCAUGCAGCUCGCAGUCUGAAUGAGAUAGCCAUAGACCUGACUGAAACUGGGACCCUCAAGACCUCCAAACUGGCCAACAUGGGCAGCAAAGGCAAAAUCAUCAGCGGGAGCAGCGGGAGCCUACUGUCCUCAGGCUCUCAAGAGUCGGACAGCUCUCAGACUGCGAAGAAGGACAUGUUGGCGGCUCUGAGGGCUAGACAGGAAGCUCUGGAGGAGACACUCAGACAGAGAAUAGAGGAACUUAAGAACAUCUGCAUCAGAGAAGCGGAGCUGACUGGAAAACUUCCGAAGGAGUAUCCUCUGGAUCCUGGCGAGGAGCCGCCCACCGUCAGACGCAAAAUUGGCACAGCCUUCAAACUGGACGAACAGAAAAUCCUGCCCAAAGGAGAGGAAGAGGAAUUGGAGCGUUUGGAAAGGGAAUUUGCCAUUCAGUCUCAGAUAACAGAGGCAGCACGAAGGUUAGCAUCAGAUCCUCACAUCAGCAGCAAGAAACUGAAGAAACAGAGGAAGACGUCAUAUCUCAACGCUCUGAAGAAGCUGCAAGACAUUGAGAACGGCAUCAAUGAAUAUCGCGUUCGCUCCGGGAAGAAACCCACACAACGUGCCUCUCUCAUCAUAGAGGAAGCAAAUAUCGGCUCAGAGGACAGCUCUCUGUCUGACGCACUGGUGCUAGACGAUGAUGACUCCCAGGUGACUGGAACCCCCACGUUCUCUCCGGCUGCCUCUCCACACAAGGGUCUCCCUCCCCGACCUCCAUCCCACAGCCGGCCACCCCCACCACAGUCCCUGGACGGACUGAGACAUCUGCACUAUCAGCGCAGUGACUACGACAAGUCUCCGAUCAAACCACGCAUGUGGAGUGAAAGCUCAUUAGAUGAACCCUACGAACGAGUGAAGAAACGCUCCUCACACUCCAGUAGUCACAGACGGUUCCCUAGCACAGGCAGUUGUGAGGCAGGAGUGAGCAACUCUCUCCAGAACAGCCCUGUACGCUCCCUCCCUCACUGGAACAGCCAGUCCAGCAUGCCCUCCACCCCUGACCUGAGGACACGGAGCUACGUCCAUUCGGCCAGUCUGACUCAGCCGUUCCGGGGCCGCAGCUCCAGUCUGGAGUCUCAAGGGAAGCUGCUCUCCUUAGAGCCGGACACUGAAGCAGGACUCAGCCCUGACCUGUUUCUCUCGGGCCCCCAAAGGACAGGAAGCAAUGGCUCUGUGGUCCCAGAUGACUGCUCGUCCUGCACCAGCCACUCCAGCUCAGAACAUUAUUACCCUUCGUCCACCUCCAACCCCAACUACUGUACACUGGCAGAGGACUCGCCCUCCAAAGCCCGACAGCGGCAACGGCAGCGGCACAAGUCUGCGGGACACCUCGGCGCAUCCAGCUCCGGCAGCAUGCCGAACUUGGCAGCCCGAAAUGGCAGCACCCAUGGAGGAGUGUGUGGCAGCCAUCAGGGAGUUUACCUGCACAGCCAGAGCCAGCCUUCCUCACAGUACCGCAUUAAAGAGUACCCGUUAUACACCGAGGGCAGCAGCCCUAACGCUGUGGUGGUCCGCAGUUUGGAGAACGACCAGGAGGGGCACUACAGCGUCAAGGCGCAGUUCAAGACCUCCAACUCAUACACAGCUGGAGGGCUUUAUAAGGAGGGCUGGGGCUCCGGGGAGGAUGGGGAAGCGGGUGGUGGUGGUGGUGGAAGCGGGAGGUUGACGCCGUCCCGUUCACAGAUCGUGAGGACUCCGUCGCUGGGCAGGGAAGGUGGAGGUGGCGGAGGACGGGCGGCGGUGUCGGAAGAGCUGCGGUGCUGGUACCAGCGCUCGUCUGGAUCCAUUAAAGAGCACAGCCGCGUCACACAUACCAGCUCCAACUCUUCAGACGGACGCGGAGGACGGAUAGGAACGCUAGUCAAGGGGUCACCAGCUGCGUCUCCACACAGUCAGAGGAGUGGUACACCCUGCAGUGACCCUGCAGCUACGCCCCCCUGCAGCCCGCAACACAUACUCAACUGGCAGAGCGGUGAUACGACUGAAAGUUCUCCUACUGAAGACCGUUCUCCCUCUCACCAAAGCACUGACCAGUAG